AUGCCGCUUGUUUCAGAAAUAACACAUGACGUGGCAUUAAACAUGUCAGCGACAAAUGCGUCUGAUUCUUCAGGACCUAAAGGUUAUGAUCUACCUCACCUCAUCGUCACCGUCAUUAUCGUCUCAAUCAUUAUCAUCCUCAUCAUCUUCGGGAACCUCCUAGUCGUUGUUGCAGUAUUUACAGACCGUAACCUUAAAACUAUACAGAACUGGUUCAUAGCCUCUCUCGCCCUAGCGGAUUCACUAUUAGGUCUCGUCAUCAUGCCCUUUUCACUGGCUAACGAGGUGAUGGGAUACUGGUAUUUUGGUCCGGUUUGGUGUGACUUGUGGAAAACAAUUGACGUAUUUCUGUGUACAGCUUCAAUACUAAACAUUUGUCUCAUCAGUAUUGACCGAUAUUUCUGCAUCACACGAGCCCUAACUUAUACACACUUUAGAACGCCGGGACGAGCUGUCCUCAUGAUGGCUUCAGUCUGGGUAUUAUCAACUGUAAUCUGUGUUCCUCCUCUGAUUGGCUGGAAAAAUCCUCUUAAAGUUACGGAGUAUCCAUUAUGUCUGCUUAGUUCGGAAACAGGAUAUAUCAUAUAUUCUGCAAUGGGAUCUUUUUAUAUCCCAGCGGUCAUCAUGGUUAUGGUUUACUUCCAAAUCUAUCGAAAGGCGAAAUUGAGGGCAAGGCGGGGCAACAGGAAAGACAUCAAGAAGAAAGAACAGAAAAAGAAAGCGGCUAAAAACGAUAAGGCGGCUGAUAAGCAAGAGUUGAAACCGAUGAUGGGCCCUAUUGAGACGGUCAAACCGGAUGUAAGUACGCGAAAAAUCAUGGACUGUGCUACAGCUCAUUCGGAUGACGAGAGUACAUGGCCAAUGUAUGAUAAACCCAUUCCUACGGCCGAAGUGGUCGAAAAGGAUGUCCCAAACAAUGGGGACGGGUCGAAUCCGGAUGAGAUGACCAAAUUAAUUCCCGCUAAUUCAUUAGAAAAUAAAGACGAUAAAAUCGAUAGUGAUUUUAGGAGCAACAAUGGUGAAGAAGUGGCUUUGAACGGGACCAUCAGUAAGCAGGGAAACGAGAAAAUGGUGUCCGUUACGAGAACCGACAACGGAGAAACCAAAACAGAGGUUUGUAAACAACCUACUCCGGCAAACAAAACUAAAAAAGAUAACAGUUCCACGAAGAAAGACACGCCAAAAGAAAAUGACGUAAUGAGUGAAUUAGAAAAGCAGAAAAAGAAGUUAGCAAAAGCGCGAGAAAGGCGCGCGACGAUUGUUUUAGGACUUGUAAUGGCGGCAUUCGUUUUGUGUUGGUUUCCGUUCUUCACUUUGUACAUUAUCUCUUCUCUGUGUGGCUACUGUAUCCCUGUUGUAGUGUUUAACGUUUUCUUCUGGGCUGGAUAUUGUAACUCAGCCCUCAACCCAAUCAUAUACACAGUGUUCAACAGGGAGUUCCGCAACGCCUUUCACAAGAUUGUCUUUAAGAACGAGUUGUGCAGACGCAGGUGA